UACUGCACUGCAGUAUCCACAACAAGACAAGCCGUAAUUUUACUACAGGAAACUCGCAUUUGUACCAGCCAUCCAAGAUGGGCUCUAUUCUCACGGUGGGAAAGAAAAAGAAGGACAGGAGCAAAAGAAGAGAGCAGGUGGCAUCUUCUGGGAAGAGCUCCAUGCAGGAUGGAAGCAUUAGGAUCUUGCUGGAAAACCUCCAGCAGCAACAGCAGGAGCACGUCAAGAUCCUGUGGGAGACUCUGAAAGUGGUCAACAGCAUACACCUGGAGCUCCAAGGUUCCCAGAAUGAGCCCCUCAAGGUGCUCCAGGACCUGGUUGAGAAGGAGAGAACACAUACAGGAGGGGUGUAUGACGAACAGGCCAGAGCCCCCAUCCAAGAAAACUGGGCCAAAAUGGAAGAACUGCAGAGGAAGAAUAAACCUGAGAAUUUGUCUCUGAUGGAGCCUGCCCAGGCUGCUGAUGCUGUGCUCCAGCUGUCAGGUCAGCGCCGACUGUUCAGAGACCUGCAUAGGACAGUGGAGGAGUCCAUGAUGAAGAGAAUUCUGAAUGCGAAUAUCCAGGCACAUGGCAGCCCUGGCGAAUUCUGGGAGCAGGAGCUGGAAAGUAUGCUCUUUGUUAUAGAAAUGAAAAACAAACAUUUGCAAGAGCAAGAGAGGAAGCUUGUGCAGAUGGAGAACCUGAUGGAGAGGAACAAAUUACUAGAGGACCAGCUGGCGCAUGCUGUCUUUCAGAAUGAGCAGUUAGAGGCCCGCCUGGAGAAAUCCCAGCGAUGUGAUUUAAAACGAGUGAAGAAAGUGGACCUGGAGAAGAUGCCGGAGGAGGAGAUCCCGGUGAGCUGUAAGACACAGCAGUUUCAGUUUAAAGUGCUUCGUAGGAAAGUUGGACCCCCCUCACCUGCAGACUGACACCAUUGAAGUGUCUUCCAGCUCAGGACACCCUCAGGAUACCUUCACUCUAUUUCUUAUAAAUUGUUAUAUGUUUUACAUUAAAACAUUUUGACGUCUGCUUUGUACGAGUUUAUGAUGAGUAUAAGUUUACCUUGUUUUAUGUUGAGGGCAGUUCCACCCCAAAGUGUGACUGCAGUGUUACUUUUCUCACCUCUAGCCUUGGGGGCUGUUCUGUACACUGAACUUAAUGCCUGGAUCUCUCUUUUCACACUUUCUCAUGUCUUAAUUGUUAGUAAUACUGAGUGUCUCAAGCCUCAGACACCCUUCUCCAUACCUGCCCGCUUUGUUUUUGAUCUAAGAGAAGGUGGUGAG